AAAAUGAAAACAGAAGCAUCAUUAUUUUGGAGACAAGGCAACUUUUGUAUUAUUAGAGAUAGAUGAGGGAGACAAAAUGAAUUAUUGGAGAGAGAUAGAAAGAGGCUCAAGAGGGAGCUUCCAGGAAGGAUACACAGCAAAUGACUGGCAUUCAAGUUAGCUUAGCUAUGAUGAAUGAAGAGGAGUAUAGAUGGUCAACGUUUUUGGUAAGCAACUAGUAAUUAAGCAAGCAAGAAUCACAAAUUGGAACCAUGUUUCUCAAAUGUUUUGGCUUCGGCGCUCAGAGACAGUAUCCAACGGUGAUAGAAGAGUUGUGCCAUCGAUUUUCUCUCGCAGAUCUAAGGAAAUCAACCAACAAUUUCGAUCAAAACACAGUAAUUGAUCAUGAAGGAGUUAGUACAGUAUAUAAAGGUUGUCUGCAACACAAUGAAGAUGCUUCUGAGUAUACAGUGGCUGUAAAGCGAUAUAAAGCGGAAAUGGAAGCAGAAGGGUUUUUCAGGAAUGAAAUAGAGUUACUCUGUCAGCUUCGUCACCCUAAUUUGCUCUCUCUUAUAGGAUUCUGCAACGACCAAAAUGAGAAGAUUAUUGUGUACGAGUACAUGUCCAAUGGAUCUCUUCAUCAACUUCUACAAAGUGGGGUACUGUCAUGGAAGAAAAGACUGGAGAUAUGCAUAGGAGCAGCGCGCGGACUACACUACCUUCACGCUGGAGCCAAACGCACCAUCAUUCACCGUGGCAUCAACCCUAAACACAUUGUUUUGGAUGACAACAUGGAGCCAAAACUCACAGGUUUUCGCAUUAGCUUACUGGGACCGCGUUCUAUGUCAAAGCCAAAACCAAUUAAAGUAGAUUAUAUUGCGGGUACUUUGGGCUACUUAGCUAGGGAGGCUGUGUUAGAUAAUACCGUCACAGAUAAAGUUGAUGUUUACUCAUUUGGUAUGGUUCUACUUGAUGUUGUGUGUGGAAGGAAAUAUCUCAUGUACCCAUGGGACACAGAAUUUCUGGAGAAACCUAUUGAGAAGAAAAUUGAUCCGAAAAUCAGAGGAAAGAUUGCACCCGAUUGUUGGAAAGUCAUUAAAGAUAUCACACAAAGAUGUGCGAAGUUGGAGCCAGAUGAGCGACCAACAAUGGGUGAAGUAGAGGUGGAACUUGAGCAUGCUCUGUCAUUACAAGAACAAGCAGAUAUAGUAAACACCAACGCUGAUUAUACCUUAAUGUCCAAAACCGUUAUAUUCCGCCGGAUCCAUUUUGCUUUGCCCCCCGAUUCAGAUUGAAAAGAAUGAAGGAAAUUAGAUGCCUACAAAUCAGUAAUGAUAGAAACCCCGUGCUCCUGUCUAUAAUUUUUUCUUAGCAAAGGCUUCGCUGGUUCUCUGACUCUUUUGUUGGUUAAUAAUUUUAUAAUUUUUACUUGUUAAAGUACUUAUAGUGCUUUCGAAAUACGUUAUGUUCCUUACUUUGAAUCACUGUGCCCUUAUGUACCCUAUUUUCCUCCACCAUUAUUCCCAACUACCAACCGCAGGACCAAUCGCCGGUUAGACAGACUGAACCACUGAACUUGGGAUACAGUGAUACAGAUUCUGAACAAAGUAUUGAAAUCCAUAGGUGAUUUUAUUAGGUAAGCUGAAAUUAAGGUUAGUGUUUUGAGUCAAAAGAGUCACAGUAAGCCUUUUCGAUGGAUCAAGUUGAAUUGAGAUACUUGUGGCUUUUGUUGUGAUCCCUCUUUGUUUCUGCCAUUUUGAUUUUACCAGAAGCCGAUUGCAAUUAUCUUGUACCUUCAAUAAAUUUGAAACCUGAAAGGUACCCAGGAAAUUGAAUGCCAACAAACCAGUAAUGAUAUAGAACCCAAUAGUAUUGAAGAGCAAUGUUGUCAGUUUCUCUGCUGUCAAUCUUAUUAAGAGAAACAAAUAACAGCUUCAAUCAAAACAGAAUAGUAGGAAGAGGAAGCUUUGCAACACUCUUCUCAUAUGAUGCAAUCAAUGACAAUACCAGAUCCAACACAAGUUAGAUGUUACGCCAAUUACUUUUCUUUUCCUUUUUUUAUUGAAGUAAGUGCUACUGUCAUUUUCUUUUUCCCUAAUCUCUUAUUAAUUGAGAACAGGAGGAAUGUCGGAAAAUACUGAGAAGGAGGGUUUGUGAGAUUUCUCUAUUUUUUAUUUCUAAGAUUUGGUAACCUCCUUUUAAUUGGUCCUUUUGAUGAGCAUCUGUAUUUGCUCAUUAUUAUUUUAUAUCAGUUUUGCAUCUUAAUUUUCUGAGUUUUCUUCAA